CCCUCUUAUAGAUUAUUCUGCAAUGACUACUGCAAGGUACAGGCCGACUUGGGACUUGGUGCUUGAUCCUCUUGUAUCCUGUAAGCUCUGCCUUGGGGAAUAUCCUGUGGAACAGAUGACAAGGAUAGCACAAUGCCAAUGUAUCUUUUGCACUCUGUGCCUGAAGCAGUAUGUAGAGCUUUUGAUCAAGGAAGGUCUAGAAACUGCAAUUAGCUGCCCUGAUGCUGCCUGCCCGAAGCGAGGUCACCUGCAAGAAAAUGAAAUUGAGUGUAUGGUUGCGACAGAAAUCAUGCAGAGGUACAAGAAGUUACAGUUUGAGAGAGAGGUGCUCCUGGAUCCCUGUCGGACUUGGUGCCCAUCCUCAUCCUGCCAAGCAGUUUGCCAGCUUCAGGAAUCAGGACCUCAGAAUCCCCAGCUGGUACAAUGCCAGUCUUGUGACAUAGAAUUCUGUUCAGCAUGCAAAUCCAAUUGGCAUCCUGGGCAAGGUUGUCAAGAGAAUAUGCCAAUCAGCUUCCUCCCAGGGGAGACAAGCUCUGUUUUUAAAAUGGAAGAAGAUGAUGCUCCAAUUAAACGCUGCCCCAAAUGCAAGGUUUAUAUUGAACGGGAUGAAGGCUGUGCUCAGAUGAUGUGUAAAAACUGUAAACAUGCCUUUUGCUGGUACUGUUUGGAAUCGCUUGACGAUGAUUUCCUCCUUAUACACUAUGACAAAGGACCUUGCCGAAAUAAGCUGGGUCAUUCCAGGGCAUCGGUGAUUUGGCAUAGAACCCAGGUCGUGGGCAUCUUCGCCGGUUUCGGUCUGCUGCUGUUAGUGGCUUCUCCUUUUCUUUUACUCGCUACACCGUUUGUUCUCUGCUGCAAGUGCAAGUGUAAUAAAGGAGACGAUGACCCUCUACCAACUUAGACGGCUGAAGAUGGAACUGGUUCUUUGCAGUAUGUUUCCUACCCCUUCUUGCACUUAACAUUGAGUUUAGCCUUACUUGACCCAAUUCUGACUUCAAGCAAGACCUGAGGUGCCAUGAUACAGCAACCGCCAUAGCUGCUUACCCUCAGUACAAAGUAGGCAUCUGGCAUUCCAGAUGUUCCAGUGUCUUUAGGGGCUGGCAUAAAAUGAGCUGAACAUCAGAAAUGUAUGCAUAGGUAACACGGGUCAUUUCUGGUUGGCCCUGAGGUUCCUUUGGCAGACUUGGAACUGAGUUUAUCUUAUCAUAAAAUGACACUUUUCACAUAUCAAGUGUAUCAAACUGAGGUGUCUUACUGCUAAACGUAUGUGUUUGCAGUACCACUUGCCAUUUUAAUAUCAGUCAAUUUUAGUCUUUUUACAAUUAAGUUUCUGUUCUGAUUGCUAUUAGAAAAUAUCCAAACCCACCAAACACAAUAAUAAUGGCAGCCCAGUAAGGUACUUAAAGACCAUCCAUCACCUUUGGCUUUUCAAAGACAACAAAUUUGACUGCUCCUGCUAACGUUUUGGGGAAUUUUAUGAGUUAUUUUGUGCGGACAUACUUAAAAAAAAAUUACAUAGUAUUGUUCCCCACCCCAUUACGUUUAUAACAUAAGACCUGUUGUCUAAUCUAGGUUGGUUUUAAAAAAUGUUAGAAUUAACUACUCUUUUCUGUUUUAUUUUCCUGGAUUUUUUUUCCCUUGCUGUUCGUUAGCUACAUUCUGCAUCAAUAGGGCAGCCUAACUUUUGAUCCAGGUAUCUUUUUCUGUACAUAUAAGGCAUUCUAUUGAAACCAAAAGAGAUGUUCUCCUAAAUAUUGUGAAGAUUGAAGGCAUGACCUAUCUGUCUUAAUGACAGAUAUUGAUAUAAGUAAAUUCAGGGCACAAUCCUUCCCCACUUAGGCACAACUCUGUGAACAGGGGGGACCAAUCAUAGGGCUCAACUUCCUUCCUCUACCCAGCUGGCCUUUGGCAUGUGUGCAAACACAAACACACUAACCACUACACACAAUGGGACAUCUCUCAGCUAUUCAUGCUCUUCCCCAGUGUCCCAGUUCUCAAGUUACUUGAACCCCUGGGUAGGACUGUCUUGACAACCAGACCUUGGAGGAGGAGGGAAAGGGCUCAGUAAUGGGACUCAUUUUUUAUUUGACAUCUAGAGCACACCAAACACAGACUGGAGGGUGGGGUGGGAAGGGAGCUUUCUUGAGCCUUCUGGCUGUCUAGCCCAGCAACACUGAACUGUACUUAGAGAGGGAAGGAUCGUGUUCCAGAGUACUAAAUUUGUUUAUAAUAGUCAGCAAUUGCAUCCUAUUAACUGAGUAUGAAAACUUCUAAACUUUUUUUUGCUUCAUCAAAUAAAAUGCCUGCAGUGAUAACAUGUAAAAUCUGUUUAAACAUUACAAAUAUUUAGUCCACUUUCAAAACAAUUAUAUCUCAAGCUGUACAAUACUGUGACAAGGUGUUUUUUUCUCAAAGAAAUACCCAUUUCCCAUUUUAAA